GUCGCAGCCUAGAACGUACAGUCGUACAGUAUCGAGGUUUCGCAACUUCACAUAACGCGCGAACGUUUGACCGCAAAGCGCGCGCGUAUCGACGGUUCGAAAUUUGAAUUAUUUUUUUUUAAACUGUAAUUUAUAAUUAAGUUUGAAAUAUUUUUAUUUUUUUUUUCGUCGAAAAACACGAACGAAGCUUUCUCGAAAUUAAUAUCGGGCUGUAACUAAAUAUCGAAAUUUUAGUGAGUGUUGUUGUUUGGAUUAAAAUAUUAUUGAGUCUCCAAUAUGUCUGACACUCCAACGAUGACGCUAAGCAGCGACUCCGACUCCACAAGCUGUACUCGUAGCAACAGCGAGUCGAUCGAAAACAACUCCCUCAACAGUUUGAUAGAAGGCCAGGAGAGUUUCGCCGGCGACUGUAGCAACGACUGUGGCAACCAAUGCUCCAUGUCCUGUGCAGAUGAUCCCAGCCAGCUGAAAAGGCGAAGAUGUAUAUGCUUUAAUUCAAUCGGCCAGUCUGUAUGGGGGGUGAUUCUGAUUAUUGCUUCCAUCAGCGGCUUCAUAUUCCCCCCGCUCGACGUUAUGCUGUGGGAGAAACUUAACAUGAGGCCAGGUUUUCCGCCCUAUGAUUGGUGGGCGGACCCCCCGGACGAGGUGAAGAUGCGCGCCUACGUGUUCAACGUGACCAACCACGAGCGGUUCCUGCUGGGGCUCGACGAUAAGAUGCAUGUUGAAGAGAUCGGCCCCAUAGUUUAUCUAGAGAAACUGAAGCACAGCAACAUGCGGUUCAACGAGAACAGCACGCUUACGUAUACGGCGGAGCGGUUCCUCAUCUACCUGCCCGACCACAACACCAUUGACUUGAACCAGACGCUCGUCGUGCCCAAUCUAGCCAUACUGGGCUUGUCUUCGUAUCUGCACAAAGCGAACUACUUCGUUCGCUCCGGUCUCAAGUUCCUGGUGAAAACACACGGCAGCAAAUUUUUCGUGAAGAAAACAAUAUAUGAAUACUUGUGGGACAAUAAGGACACCCUGCUCGACACCUCGCAGCACUUGGCGCCUGGACUCGUGCCCAGUACGAACAUGGGCAUGCUCAGUCGAGUGUAUGCAGACUUCGUAGAUGAGAUAACCGUGAAAAUUGGUCCGCAGUGGGGCCAUCACGACUUCUUCAAAACAGAUAAAGUGCGCGGUUUAUCGCAGUUUGCUGGAUAUGACAAGGACUGUCCAGAGCGUAUAACGGGGGCUACCGAAGGUGUGAUGUACCACCAGCAUCUGUCGAAGAGCGAUGUCUUGUACUACCUGAGGAAGACCGUCUGCAAGCUUGUGACUUUAUACUUCGAUGAGGAGGUCACAGUGGACGGAGUACCGCUGUACCGGUAUAAUCUGUCAGAGAGCGCGUUCGACAGAGUCAAGAACGGCACCGACUGCUACUCCAUGGACAACACCUUGCCUGACGGGAUCAGUGACACUUCUAAAUGCUUCUAUGAUUUCCCGAUGGUAGCGUCCUACCCUCACUUCUACACCGGCUCGCCGCCGAAGGACACAUACGUGACAGGAAUGAAGCCGGACAGAUACAAACAUAACUCCUACAUAAUGGUGGAACCGAUGACCGGCAUACCGUUCCGCGCAGUGGCGCGAAUGCAGUGCAACAUGCGAGUACACAACAUGUCUGCCUUCUACUCACCGGAGUACCUCAGGUUCUCCAACACGGUGGUGCCUAUCGGGUGGAUCGAAUAUAAUCAAGAAGGUCUUCCAAAGCACGUCCGCUACACUAUCUACUUCAUGGUGAAUGUGCUACCGCCGUUGUCAAUUGUAAUCUUCAUCAUCACCCUUUUGUUAGGAUUUUAUCUCAUCACAAAACAAAUAUUCUCACACAAAAUGAAGAAGUACGUUCUACCUACCAUUUUGAAUUUCAAAAAACAGAAAGCCGCCAAUUUGACGAGCAAUGGUAUACUAGCGUAUGAAAAAGAGAACUUCUUGAAGAAAUCUAGCAAAAGUUAGUUCAAUGUCUACUUGCUACAUAAUAAAGUGUAAGUACCUAACAACAAUUAAUUAGAUAGUAAAAAUUAAAGAGCAUUAUCGUUUAGUGUAUUUGACUGUUACGUAAUUAUAGGCAAAAUUCUUUAGAGCGCGCAGCGUGUCGGUACGAUAUGGAUAAAAUUCGAAGCGCAAACGAGACGCCGAAUUAUGACUUUCACGUGAGUGAAAAGCACGGAGCGAUUGACGCGCGACGCAAAUUUUAUGACGUGAGCGCCAAAACCAUUUUUACCUAAUUGCAAGUAAAUUAAACAACAUAACGAAAAACAAAAUGGCCAUGUUCAAGAUAUUUACCCAAUUUUUUAUACAAAACAAAAAUUUAAGUAAAUAAGUUUGCUUUUCCUGAGAUUGAAAGCAAAAUGUGAGCAAAAC